AUUCACUAUAUCUGGUCUCCCACAGUACACAGAACAUGGAAGUGCAAUUAUUUUAGUAAAUAAACUGCUAAAUACCUUUUCUCAUCAGCAGUUAGAGCAGUCCUGCUGAGCACUAGUUAAAGCUUGUAGGAGGAGUUUUCUUUCUGCUCUAGGAGGAUGUAAAACCCCUGACCUCUGUCUGGACAGUGCUGAUUGGCCCUGUACUGAUCACAUGCACUCUCCCAAGAAAAAAAAAAACAACCUCUCCAGCAAUGUGCAGAAGGGCUACAGGUUCAGUCUGUCUGGGGAUCAGGAGAUAAGACAUAGACAUUUGAACAAGAGGAGGGGCAGAGAAGAAAGGAUCAAACAGCCAUUUUACACAAUGCAGAGGAUUAACCCCUUAGGUUCCACAGUGAGUAUGACAAGCAUGCUUUACUGCAUAUACAGACUGAUUUUACUGUUGUGGGUUUAG